AUGAGCCCGAGUGUAGCGUUAUCGUCGGCAGCAACCGCCGCAGUCUGUUCGGCGUUCCCUUGCGCGGAUAUCACCAAAUUCAAAUUCAAUGCCUUAAUUUCACCAAAUCCAAGGCGUGACUGCUGCUCCUCGAUUGCUGAUGCUACUACUACUACCACAGCAACAUCUACAUCUUCGUCUGCAGCAGCAGCAAGUAGUAUUAGUGGUAGACGAAGAAGAAAAACACCAGUUUCAUGCUCCGUAGCUUUGGGAUCCAACAAUUCCGCAACCAUGGUGACAGAAGAUGAAGAAGAAAAAGCGAAGAAGAUGAUUGGAGCCAGGGUUAGGGUGAAGGCUCCGGUGAAGGUUUACCACGUGCCUCGCGUGGCGGAGGAAUUGGAUCUGUGUGGAUUGGAAGGUGAGGUGAAGCAGUACGUGAGCCUGUGGAAGGGGAGGCGAAUUUCCGCUAAUCUUCCUUGCAAGGUUCAGUUUGUCCAUUCAGGUGGAGUCAAGUUCUUCGCUCAUCUCAGAGAGGAUGAGUUGGAAUUCCUUGAUUGA